AGCGAGGUGACCGAGUGGAUACAAAGCGAGUGGAGCGAAGGGUGAGCGAGGACUGGCACUGGGCAGGCAUGGAGGGGCAUUGCAAAGGGUACGGCUUCUGGCAACACACCCCACUCCUUGCAGUUUUCAAAUUAACUCUAUUAUUGCACUGAAUCAUGUUGAUCUGUGCUGUGAGCUUAUUGUUCAAGUAAGUAAGUGAGGAAAGAGGAGAGGCUUUUUUAAUAUUUAAAAACAUCAGCAAUGCCAGGGGGGAGAGGAGAUGCUUCCUUUGUUAGAAGGAGGUCAGCCAGCGUGGGACCUGUCAGCGUAGAGAAGCAUCUCCAGAGAGAAGAGGACCAGGAUGAGGAUGGUGAUGAGGAAUUCCGGGAUGAAGGGGUUCCUUUCUACAUAAACCGAGGGGGGCUCCCGGUCGAUGAGGCUACCUGGGAUAGGAUGUGGAAGCAUGUUGCUAAGAUCCACCCCGAAGGAGAGAAGAUGGUGCAGAGAAUUCGAGGAAUGCCGUACCUCCCCAAGGUUCCAAUGCCAUGUGUGCCUACAUUUCAGCUGUCCACGCUUGUCCCUGACCGCCUGGAAGCCAUACAGAGAUACACCAGGGAAUUGCAGUACAAUCACACUGGAACACAAUUUUUUGAGAUUAAGAAGAAUCGACCUUUAACUGGCCUGAUGGAUCUUGCACGAGAAAUGAUUCGAGAAUCUCUACCAAUAAAAUGCUUGGAAGCAGUGAUCCUAGGGAUUUACCUCACCAACAAUAUGCCUGGAGUAGAGAGAUUUCCCAUCAGCUUCAAAACUCAAUUCUCAGGGAAUUACUUCCGCCACAUAGUGCUGGGAAUUCACUAUGCUGGACGAUUUGGAACGUUGGGCAUGAGUCGGCGCGAGGACCUGAUGUUCAAACCCCCAGUGUGCAGGACUUUAAUUGACCUCAUCUUAGAGUUUGAGAGUUCCUACAGAAAAUGCUGGCACACACUGAAGAAAGUCAAGAUUGGACAAUACGUGUCUCAUGACCCCCACAGUGUGGAGCAGAUCGAGUGGAAGCAUUCAGUUCUUGACAUAGAGAAGCUGAGCCGUGAGGAGCUGCGGAAGGAACUGGAGAGGCACACCCGGGAUAUGCGGCUAAAGGUUGUGAAGGGAGCAGCUGUGCCAUCGUCCCCUACCCGUGAGAGGAAAAAGGAUUCAUCAUCACCCCAUCGCAGUCAGUCAAGCCCACAUCGCAAGAAUGGCCGCAGUGAGAGACGAUCUUCAGGAGAGAAGAAAACAACAGAACAAAAGAACCUCAAUGAUGUGGGCUACCAGAUCCGUGUGUGAACAAUCCGCUAUGGGAAUCAUGUGUGACCAAUGCAUUGUUCUCUUUGCAGAGACCGUAACCCACUCCAUGAAAGGGACCUUCCAUGCACUGAACUGAACUCUCAGAAUAAGAAUGAAGGAUGCCGUAUAGUAUUUCAAAGUAGCGGUCAGCAGUAUUAAAUCAAUUGUGACUUUUUACAUUUUUAUUUCUAUAUAUUUUCUCUAAUAUGUUUGAAGGUAACUCAUUUCAGUUGAAAGACUGUUUCAAUUGGCCUCAGAGCUGAAGGGUAACACUUCUGAUAAGUUAUCCCAUUCCUUUGGGAGCGGUUAAGAACUUCAGUUGGACAGUCUCAGCUCUGUAGAGUUUCUCAAUCAAUGUUAUGUUGUAAGAUUCUAAAAAGGUUCAGGGAGUAAAUAAGUCACACUCAGUGAUACUGAGCCACACGGACCAGGAAAAUCUCAAACUCUAUCCCUAGUCUGUGCGGAAUUCAGGAAUGGGCUCCCAUUCUUGAUCACUGUCCAGUGACCCCAGAAUGUGGGUGUUGGGUGAGGAUAGUGUUGGGCUGUGCCCCCUUCAAUCAAAAAAACCUGUCAAUAUUCACUGCGGAAGAAUUGCACGUGAAGACUGGCUACUGCAGCGAGGUACCGGCAAGUGACCAGCGCCUCUGGAACCCAUAUCAGCAAACCUGUGUCACGUCACUCCACAUACAACACAUUACUACUCUAAAAAUGUUAAAAUUGAAAUCUAGAUGUGCCUCCACUGACCCCCCCCCCCCACCUACCUGAAAU